UCUAUUCAAUGGCUAGGAUUUAUUUUAACAGUCAGUUCUGCAGUCCUUUUAACUUGAGAAGAGAAGUGAACAUUCUGAUAACAGCUGCCUCCAGGUCAAAUGUGAUGAGAAUUCAUAAGUCACCGCCUAGCGGCUUUGGAAAACCAAUGAAGCAAAACAAUUUCCAAGAAUAAGUCGAUGAGGUUUCACAUUUUUCUUCACAAUGUCAUACACGGUGCUGAUAUCUGUUGGAGUGGCUGCUUAUUCUCUCUCCACAAUUUGCAAAUAAACUGCCUUCUAGACUAUGUUGAAUGUGAGCUGUUACUGUAACCACAGUUUUGCUGGGUUCCCAUAAAGGAUUGAGAUGUCAGAUCUUUAGGCCAUCAAAGAAGAAAUAGUAAUCCAGCAAUAGGAGUAUUCCCAUUUUUAAUCAAAAUAAAGUCUUGUUCCUUUGCUUCAAGCUACCAUUACUGGGGAGUGGAGCCAAGACUAACGUUCCAGUAGAUGUAGAUAUGGUGCCACAAUAUCACAAACACAAUCCUGGUGCCAAUAAUGUGAAUGGCAAAACUUUCAUUGACUUCAGUAAGGCCAAUUUCUUGCCCUAUAUUUUGAGAUUUCACAAGCAUGAUGAAGGGUGGGUCUGAAAAAGAGCCAGACAGCUGUGAAAUGUGAAGAUCAUUACACCUUUCCCUACUGAUUGUUUCUUAAGUCCUUCCACUGGGUUGCACUAUUGCUUGAUAACAUAUUUAUGUUGCAAGUAAAGGCUGCUUGAGCUUCCAUGUGGCACUACACCUUAGGUUAGUAGGGCCUUCUCCCCUCCAGAACAGUGAUUCACCCUCCCCAUAGCUUAUAGUCUUUCUCCUGGCUGCCCAGGGGGCCACCCAGGAGGAAGAGGCUAGGAAGUAAUUUGGAGAACACUUAGCCAGGGGUAGAAGAGACCUAACGGGGUGUCUUGCUACUUGGGUAAGUGCCCUAACCAGCAGGCGAUUGGCCUAAGGAGUGUUUUAUACAUGCCCCAGCCAUUUUAUUCUCCCUAGGUGCCUAUUCAGCUGCAGUGCAGCCUUCUGAGCAUACUCAGAAGGGAAUUGCACAAAGGGCCUAGCUACCUGGGAUCCAAACCCUGCUCAGGGUAUGUGGUUAUGCAAGUGUCACUUAGGUGCAGAAACAGGAAAUAGAAUUUAACUCGUUAUGUUUUGGUUGGAAAACUAGGACCCCUUGCUCCAGAGCCAAAGAUGGUCUUUGUAGGUAAAGCAUUCUCUUUUACAAUGAAGCUGGACAGAAAGACCCAGGUGGUGAAUCACUUGCUAAGCAGGAAAUGAAGAUUUAGAAAUGAAAAUGGAAGAAACAGCAAAGGAAGAAACUUGGCACAUGACCCUCAUAGUCCACAUAGACAAAUGGAUGCACAUAUAUGUGGUGUCUGACCGGCUUGCCAGGCUUUGGCUGGGAGCCCGGAAUGUCAGGUGGGUACUUCGACGGGUGGAGUGGAAUUAGGCACAGACACGUAUUGGUUGCAAUUAAGUUGUUUACUUACGCUACUGAUGUACACAGCGUAGGCAGAAAACUGGCUUAAGUUGCGGUUACAAACGUAACAAGGGCCCCUUGGAACGAGAUGAGACAUUUUAUAGACGGCUUAUCGAGCAUGCAGGGGAGGGGGUACAUCAGGAAGGUCAGUGACGGGGAGUCGUUGGUGGAUGAUCAGUCCGCCAAGUUUACUCCAGGAUGUGUGCGGAGUUCUCCGACUUGGGCAGAAACUGCUUUUACUUUUAUAUGGAUAGCAAGCCAAUUGCUAGUUGCCAAGUGGGAAUAAUUUGUAACCGGCCAAUGGGUGGCGCUCAUUUGAACGAUGCGGCCAUUGGACUUGGCAGGCUUUUCUACUGUGGCGAAAUUUUUACUGUGCCAAUCACGAGGGCUCAGGGAUUUUCCACUGUGCCAUAGGCAUUCAAUUAAUGGGUUCUGACAAUAUACAUUACCAUGCACACAAAUGCCCAUAUGUAAUGCAUGAACACAUAUGCAGACAUGUACACAUACAAGCAUAUUUAACUCCUCCUUCCCUUUCUACCCUCACCUUUGAGCUGCUAACAACUCCUGCCUUUUCUUCCUCUACCACCUAAGAAGAAACAUAGCCUCAUGGUCAUAUUAUCUUAUUUGAUAUGAGUGCUACUGUGCAAUCAUUGCAAAACCCUCCAACUUCCCUCAGGUAAUUUCUCCAAUGCCAUUACAAGAACUGAUGGUAUAUUGAAAACUGAAUAAGCAGUGACAAUGAUGACAAAGGAAACUUAACAUCCAAAUAAAUAACACUGCGUGGAAGGCUGUACUGGUUGGAGAUUUUUUUUAUUUCAUACAGUGAGAUCCUUCAUUUUUAAAUGUAUCAGACGCUGCCACCAAAUUACCACCAUAGGAUCUGGGAACCUUGCUGCACAACUUUGAUAUAGCUUGCUGUGCUGCCCUGCAAGAGGGACCUAGUCUAUAUUCUGGUGUGGUUACAUGGCAACUUGUAUUAGUAUCUAAGCGGGUAAGAAAGUAUUUCUUUGCAUUGCUACUCUAAAAACAAAUUGCUCAGUUUAUGCACAGACUACUGAAUACUAUAGAUGGCCACUGAAGAUUUUAAAAAUGUCCACCAUACCCUCUAAGAUGGCCCAAACACCUAAUUCUCAAACACAUUGAUAAUGGUUGCCUAGGCACAUAUGGUAACACUUUUGGACCACCUGCCUUAUUUAGGUAUAAAACAAGGGAUCCCAUAGGAGCAUAGGGCUGCACUUUAAAAUUUGUCCUGUUUUGGGUUUUUUUGAGUCUGGCUAAUAAGGAUUGGAGCAACUUGCCAUAAUAAACAUGCUCUGGUAACAGUCCUGUCUUGCACAUCACAACAGUGUCAAGUGGAAGGACAAAAUGCUUCUUUCCUGACCUUAGAAAAUUAGAGCCUAGUGGUUAGGGUAGUUUCCUUGGAAAUAUGAGCUGGAAUCCCCUCAGGCAGGAAAGGGAAUUGUCCUUUCAUUUACCCACAGCUCUGGAUGAGCAAUCUAGCUACAGAGAUACUAUAAAAAGGGAUGGGUGCUUGAUCCUUCUCUUGCACUAGCAAAUAAAGCCGAAAUCUCAGCUCUUUUUUUUUUUUUUUUUUUUUUUUUUUUAAGAAAGAUGCCUACCUUUGGGGGAGGGUUCACAGCUACCAGUUUCAAAGGGAAGAUGCCUCUUCCAUUUAGCAAUGAGCAAGUUGCCAAAGCCGCCAGUACUGGGCAGAGUUGAACCCUUGUCAUCAUCACUUCCUAUUAGCUAGGUCAGAUGGUUCUUUGCUAAGUGUGCUGGUCAGUUUGGGUACCAUUUGGAGACACUUCACCCUUCCCAUGCCCCAUUCAGGGAGCCUAGGGGCCUAAUUCAGUACUCUGGAUUCUGCUGAGGGCUGAAUGCCUAAAAAUUAGACACUGUGGCACAUGAGUCCCUUAGUGGACUUAGUUUUAAGUGACAUGCUCAAGGUCACACAGGAUAUAUGUGACAGAGAAAGAAAUUGAAUUUAGGUUUUCCCCCUAAAAUAUAAGAACGAUGUCAGCAUAGUUUAGCUCAGAUGUUUCCUUGCCAGUGGCACACCACCCAUUAGUGGGAACAUGUGUUCCCCAGGGACAGAUAGCAGUGGCCCAUAUUUGUGCUGCUGCUAGUUGCUCCCAGGGAACACCCCUGCAUAUGCACUUUGGCACCUGGGCUGGCCCUAGCAGCCUUACCUGGGAUCCUGGUGGCCUCCCGGGGCUCCAGCGGUGACAAUCUGGGCACAUGGAGCCUGGCCAGCAGCUGGAGCGUGGCUCUGGCUAGCCAGGCUCUGGUAUCAGGAGGUGUACACUGUCACCACAUGCACGACCCCGCUUUUUUCUAGGGGGCACUUUUUGACACCAGGAUCUCCAGGUAUCAAAAAAGCUACCACACUGCAAAUUAGCAGUGCGAGGAAUGCCUGCAUGCGUGGCACGUAUAGUUUGCGGUGCCACUGAUGGGUCUGCGGUGCUACAAACUGCAUGUGCACGCUUUUCUGGAUGUGCCCAAGGGCAUUUUAAGGGAGUUUCUUCUUUUUGCUUCAACUUAGGGCCAGAUCCAUUGCCAAGUGAAGGCAGUAGACUUCUUUCCCUUUACUUAUCCAGAGAACCCUUCUGGUUUGGGGAUUGAAAACAUCCUGGCUCUAACCCAGAGGCAGCUUACAAGGCUUCUGGUUAAAAUGCCAGAAGCCACACCAGCUGACCCCACUGCAGGUUUAACAUGGGGGUUCCUGGCUUCAUAAUAAUACAUCAGCCUCAUAGGAAAUGACCAAAGGAAGAGAUGGAGCCUAUCUUUUGGAAAUCCUAACCUGGACCUUGUCUUUCCCAGAGAUAAACAAUGAACCACUAACACUGAUCUUUCUUUCUCCCCCCCUUUAAGAUUCAUGGAAAAGCCAGAAUGUUGAGGAAGAUCCAAAUUUUGCUUGGUGUCUUUUUUGUCUUUGCUUUUGGCAUUUUGUAUGAGUUCUCUCGACACCCAGGCUGCCUCUUCUCAUGUAUGCCCAUUGCCAAGAAGCUCCCAACAUUCAAAGGAGUUAUCAGCCAGGGCAACAGCAUCAUUUUUCUGGAGACCACUGACCGGCUUGAACCUUCUCCAUUGGUUUCUUGCUCUGUAGAAUCUGCUGCCAGGAUCUACCAUGACAGACCUAUUGUUUUCUUCAUGAAAGGGCUGAAAAGCAACAUAAGGUGGGAUCCAAAGAACACCUCCACAGCCUUCUCGCUUUUAUCUGCUCUCAAGAAUGUCUUCAUUGUCCCUCUCCAGAUGGAGACUUUACUCCAGAAGACACCUCUACUUUCAUGGUACCAUAAGGUAAAUGAAACUCAGGAGAAGAAUUGGGUUCACGUCAGCUCUGAUGCCAGCAGACUUGCAAUUAUCUGGAAAUAUGGUGGGCUCUACAUGGAUACCGAUAUCAUCUCUAUCAGGCCUAUUCCAGUAAAAACAUUCAUAGCAGCCCAGGCUUCCCAGGUUGCCAGCAAUGGGAUUUUCAGCUUUCCUCGCCAUCACUCGUUCAUUUGGCAUUGCAUGAAGAAUUUUGUAGAAAACUAUAAUGCGGACAUUUGGGGACACCAAGGUCCCUAUUUAAUGACAAGGGUGCUUAAAACCUUAUGCAAUCUUAGUAAUUUUAAGGCUGUGGAGGACCAAUGCUGUCGGAAGAUUUUCUUCUUAAAUCCCCAGCGUUUCUAUCCCAUUCCCUAUCCAUUAUGGGAAAAGUACUAUGAGGUCUGGGACAUACACCUCAACUUCAGUGACUCCUAUUUCAGUGACUCCUAUGCCUUGCACCUGUGGAACUAUAUGAAUCAGCAACAGAAGGCAGUGGUUGCUGGAAGUAAUACACUGGCAGAAAAUCUGUACAAAACCUACUGCCCCAUCACAUACAAAAAACUUAUUCUGGACAGACAUUGGAGUGUUUGCAAGAGAGAAUAAAAGACUGUUCAACUGGAUACAGCAGAACAAGGGACCUUUCCCAUUUGGGUAUUCCUCUGACUAAGAUACACUGUUCACAAACUUCUCCUCCUCUUCAUCAGUGUGUGGCUCUACAGGUGCAUUAAUGCACUUUAAUUCAUGCACAUUAAAUCUAGUACUUCUGUUGUGAGAUACUAGGAAAAUAUGUAUUAGCUUGUUUUAAUGCACAUUAACUAAAAAGCAUUGGGGUGUUUUUAGUGAUGCUUUAAAGAGCAUUAAAAUAGGCUAAUGCACAUUAAAGCACACGUAUAGUUGUGCCCAGUGAUUCCCACCUUUGUUCUGUCUCCAGAUCUCUCUGUAAUGAACUGCCUCCUUUCCCAAAUUCCCCAGGACUGAGUGAAAUGUGUAGAAAGGCAGAGGGUGCAAAUAUCACUUGAGCAUCAAUGGUAAACAUGUCAUAUUCUUUAGGGGAAAUAACUUAUGCCUAAGUCCUAAGUGAUUUAGGAGUCUCAGUCUAAUUUUUGAAAAGCUGAAUUGAUGUUUAGGAAGCAAAACUUCAUUUUUCAUCAAGUCUUAUGCCCUAAGAACCUAGUUUUAGAGGUAUUUAUGUGCCUCAAAGCAGAUAGACACUUAAUGGGAUUUUCCAAAAAAUUAGGUGUCUAUCUAUCUGCGCUGCUAAGCCCUUACUGCCAUUACAAAUAUGACCAUUUGUAUGCUUUUAAAAUGCUAUCUGUGUACAGUGAAUAUUUGCAGGCAAGAGCUCUACAACCUGACUAGGUAUGAAAGAAGACUAAAGGAUCUAGGAUAUGUUUCUGGAGGGCAUAGGACAAUAGAAAAGGGAGUUCUGGCUCUCCAGUUAGGAUGUGUAAUAUCUGGAAAUGUGUCCCUCAUGUGCAGCAUAGAGCGGAGGAUGUCUGGUUAUCCCAUCCUUCUGGACUUUUGCUGGCCAUCACAUGGAGCCAGGAAGGAUUUCUUUCCCUUCCUAAUUGCUAUUGCUGUCUGGGGUUUUUUCUGACUUCCUCAGAAGCAUUGGGUGCUGGCCACACCCAAAGCUGCAGACUUUCACUAGGUGCGCUGAUACUCUUACUGGGCCUUAGAAAACCUGGAGGUUCCUGGCUAGGGGGUCUUGCUUCUCUGCUGAGGGUCAAACUGAUCUCUGUAUUUGGGGUCAGGAAAGAAAUUUACUCCAUAGUCAGACUGGAAUGAACUGUGGGGUUUUUGCCUUCAUCUGCAGUGGGAGCAUGGUCCUCUAUCUUGGGUCUCUUGAUCAUAUGUUAACAACUACUUCCUAUCCUUGCAGGGGCAGGAUAUUGACAGUGCCCUUGUCCCCCUGCUUUACCUGUGGUAAGUUAAACAGAGUGUGAUUUUGGUGUCCUGAACAUCAUGUUUGGUAGUUGUGUGUGAGGGUUUAGUCCCAAAGAUUUUAAGAACAGGCUAGACAAACACUUGUCUAGGAUGGUCUAGACAGGGAUGACGCCUGCCUUGAGCAGGAGGUUGGACUACGUGACGUCCUGAGGUCCCUUCCAGCCCUACUUUUCUAUGAGUCUACGAUUCCAUAACAACAACAAGAAAAAUAAUAGCCCAAACUAUUCCAAAUUUUUCAUUCACAGAGUUUAUUUCCCUCUUAUAUACUGAAGCUUUGUCCUCAAUGUUCCUAACUGUGAUGUUUUAAACAAAAGUAGAAAUAAAAUGUUUAACCAAG